AUCAACAUGAGCCCCUCAUCGACCCCCAAGCCAGAACCCAGCUCCGACCUAACAGACCCCAAGUUCGACACUAUCAACACCCGCUUCCAACAGUACGACCUCUUCGGAGGAAAAUAUGAAGUGGAAGGGGAACCUAAGUCACUCUUCCGAAGCCGCUACAAUAGUAUCGAAGAGGAGCUAGCGAAUACACCGUACGCGUUCACUGCUGAUCGGUCGCUCGACAUAACUUUCAAGCCGUCUUUAGACGCGUCUCCAUCUAAAGAUAUAGAAGACGAUCGAUUUUUUAGAUUAGACGAUGAUCUAUUCGGACCGACAAUAGAUACGAGUAAAAGUGAGCCGGCGUUUACAGUGACUCAAUUAAUUCACGCACAGGACCGGUAUUUUGAUUUGUCGUCGCGACAGUCGGAUAGCCCGCGAGUGGUUGUUGAGGUUCGAAGUGCGCCGGGGUCGGCGAAAAGGGAUGAGGCUUUCAAGGUGCUGCCAGGGGAGGGUGUGAAGGCUGCGCCUGCGCCGGCGAAUCCUGUGGUGCCAACGGCGAAGCGGAAAAAAGAAUCAUCGUUUGCUAUAAUAGCAGAAACACCCGUCUCCUCCCGGCCCUCCAGCCCCCGGUCACUGCCCAUUGAGACCAGGACGGGAAGAGUCUCACCUUUUAAAGGCCGAGGCUUCAGAGAGGAGACGUCCCGCCACACCACCCCGCGCACGUCCGCGGCCAACUCCCGCGCCCCCUCCCCCGCGCGCCGCGCGCGCUCCCUCCCCCGCCCCGCCAACAUGGCCGCCGCCGUCGCCCCGCCCCCCCUCAGCCGCCCGCACUCCCCUCGCAACUUCCUCAAAGAAAACAUAGAAGAAGUCAGAGAACUUAGCGAGCUCAACAGAGAAAAACAUGAAGCUGAAGCGGAACAAAAGAGGAUAGAAGAAGAAGCGGCGAUACUCAAAGAAAUGGGAAUCUUAGACAAAAAUGCAAGCGCUGAAGUUAUCAAAAGCGUUGUUGGGUCUAGAACUACUUCCAGAUGCAGUUCACCGAAUAAAAUUAACUUGAAGAGCAGAUCGAGCUCUCCGGUUGCUAUUCUUCAUUAUGAGAACAUACCUGCUGAUAGUAAAGAGUUUGUUAACGGCACUGAUGGGCUUGCUAAACCUGUGACACAUAUGUCGAGAAGGACAGUGUCGCGGUCGCAGCCGCAGUCCAACAAUGGGUCCCCUCAGCAUUCUAAGAUCCCUAAGAGACAAAGCUCUGUGUCACCUAAAAGAGUGACCGUGCGCGAUUUCUCAAACUCAAGGAAACCUGUUGAAAGUACUUUGAACAGGAGUCAGAGGUAUAUGUCAAACAGUACAAGUAGUAUACACGAGACGAUAAGGAUUGGUGGAGGCGCUCAUGAUAAAAGGAACAUGAGCAAGAGCACUCAUCAUUUGAAUGUAACCCCAACAGUUAAAGGAAAGCCACCGAUUUCCCCCGGAAGGGGAGGACCACCUCCUUCAAACCGACUUAUCAAUGCUAAGAGAUUGUCGCCCAUCGUUGGGACUCCCAACAAAAGCCCCACGGAAGACCUGAAGCCAAGCUCUGCCAAAACGCCAAAACCUUCCCCUUUAGCCAAGAAACCAAUUAAAACUGCCGGUAAUACGCCUGCUACGUCUAGAUUGAAUUCUAGACAGCCCAGCAGAACUGUAAGCAGAGACCCCAGCCCGGAGAAAAGGCGACUCACCAAAGUCUCCAUUUCCUCUAGACCACCCUCCAGGCCAGCUCAGACUAAACCAGUGAAUAGGACAUCGAGCACACGAUUGACGCAGAAACCUAAUGUGACCAAACCUGAAGUAAAAAAACCUAUAAACAGGACAAGCAGUAUGAAAAGUUUAGUCAGAACACCAAGUACAAAAACACUAAAUGAGAAACCUCCCUUGGUUAAAAGGGAAAGUAAAAAAGAUAUCAAACCCAAAGCUCAAUCGACUCCAAAACUAAAUGAAGUUGGUAUAAAGAAAGACCCAGUGAGAGAAGAAACACUACGAAGUGCAAAAAGAGAACCAGCGAAAGUUGAAAAAGCUAAAUCAGCUAACAAAGAGAAAUUAAAAGAGAAGGUGGAUGAAACUAAAGUUGAACAAGCCGUAGCAAAUACUUCGAUGGAAAAAGAUGACGUUAAGUGUCAAGACAAUGAAACGCAAUAUGACAAGGUUGUGAAUGAAAAUGGUGAAAUUGUACUUUUAACGAAAAAGAGCGUGAUUUCAAUGACAACAGCGGCUAUAACUGCUCAGCCAUUAGAUGUUGUCACAAAAGUCACAAACCAAUUACCUGCUGCUUUCGAAAAAGCUAGAGAAAAAGGUAUUUUCGAAAGGCACAGUUCAAAAGACUCACUAGCACCUAAAGAUGAAGACAAAGAAAGGGAGAAAGAAAAAGACAUCGCUGAAGAAAGCAAAAUUACUGAAGAUAAGCCUGAAGAGAAAAAGGCAUCAAAGCCAGCUAAACCUGAGAAGAGUUCAAAUUACAUGGAUGAUAGUAUCAAAUUAAAACCUCUACUGCCACCUUAUUCUAACCCUCAAGUGGAACGAGUGAGACAAAAGAUAGAUAACAUCCUUAAAACACCAGAAGUUUCCACUGAAAAUAUACUAACCGCUGUUGCACUCGCUGAAAAAGAAGAUAAAAGCAAGGCUAAGAACAUCGCUGAUAAAACAAAAGAAGAAAUCAAAGAAGCUAAAACCGACAUCGCAACUAAAGCGGCAAAUGCUAAAGACGAAAUUGUUAAAGAAACUGACAAAGCAGUUACAGAGAUUCGUUCAGAAGCGAGUAAAAUUGUAGACAGUAUUAUAACACCAGUUGAAGAGCCUAAAGUCACAGAAAAGGUUGAAGAAGCCAAAAAGACAAUAGAACCUAUAGUAAUGGUUGUAAAUGAGAAGAAACCGGUUAACGAGGUUGUUGAAACUAUGAGCGGUACGCUAGUUAAAGGGGAACCAGAAGUGGAAGUGCAGAGUUCUAACUUGUCUUCUCCGGGGGUGAACAAGAUGGCGGUGCAAAACAAGAUGGCCGACGGAAACGAUUCGGACAAGUCGACGCACAGCAACGGCGGAUUCCCUCAAAGCACGAGCACCACCCCAAAACCUCCCGCGCGUGCGCACCGCCAAUCCCAAGACAAGCCACAGGAUGAAGACCCGAAGAAACCCACGAUCGGCUCCCGACUCCUGGGCAAGUGCCGCCAGUGCUGCCCUUGCGGCACGCCAGAGGACGAUGAUAAGAUGGAGGAGGGGAAAGGAGUUAUGAGUAAGCUGAACUGCUGUAAGAGGAAGAAGGAGGAAGAACAGAGGAUUAGAGAUGUGGAGAGAGCUGCGGGGAAGGCGGCAAUAGAAUUCGAAAACGAAACAAAACGCAAACGCAAACUCCGCGAUGUCAUCUGCUGCUGCGGCCGCCGACGCGUCAGCGACAGCAGCAUCUCUGGAGUCCCUUACAGCGUCAGCGAAGAUGUGGCGCAAACUGGGUGUUGUGGAAAGAGACGACCGGUGGUGGAGAGGCGAGACAGUAUACUCAGCGAUCGAGAGCCUGCCACAUGCUGCAACAAUCGGCUCUGCACGUGGUUGCGCGGGAUGUGUCGACGUCGCUCAGAACACUCUUCUAGCCGUAGGACCAGCUUAUUUUCCAAGAACAAGAGCUUAUCUCCCACUCUGCCACCUGAGGACACCCGAAAGAAACUGGAUCCAUCCCUGGUGGAACACACGAGUAUGAUGCGAGCUGCCAUCCCGGCGCUACCCAUCGUGUUGGCCUACUGGUGUCUUUUCUGCAACGUAGUCGUACCUGGAUUGGGGACGGUGUUCAGCGGGAUGUUCUGCCUGUGUUUCGGUAUCCCCAGGUUCGGGGCCCACGACGGCGCCAAACACAGGAUAGGUUCGUUCGUGAUCAACCUGCUGGUGGGAUGCGGGCAGUUGUUCACGGUCCUGUUCUGUCUGGUGGGGUGGGGCUGGUCCAUUUGGUGGGGGGUCAUCAUGGUCAGAGUGUCCCGUAAAUACCGGAAACUGAAAGCAGAGGCGGCGGAGGAAGAGGCUGAGGCGCCACCUGUCACCUCCAACAACCACACGGCGAGGGCCUAACGGACCACUAACUACUAAGAUACUACGUAUCCAAAAGAAGUUAGAAAUACACACUUACGUCUUUAUUUCUGCUGGUCCAAUUGUUCUCAAGUGGUUGCGAACUACUGGUCCCUGGAAGAACGUAAUUUGCAAGUGAAAAUACUCGUACCUAACUUCUUUCGAUUGGUCCAUUGCCACUAAAAGGUUAUGAAACCUCUGCCCAGAUCAGGGUACGUAGCCGAAUGGCACAAACGCUUACGAAACGAAACGCUCGUAGAUAUAUAUCUCGAUCGCUCUUGCGUAUUGGCGCGACGAGCCCCAGACUACCUUUCGCGGCGUUUCGUUUUCGCGUCGCAGAAAUACCAUUCGGCUACGGCACCUGGUCUGACCUUUUUUAGAGCAGAGGGAGGUAAACCACUCUCGAUACUCAAUAAAAUUAUUACCUAGAUAACUACUAAUAACUUUGACCAGAAUGAAAAGGUUAAGUACCUAAUCAUAAAAUGCCUGAUUAUACUGAAUGAGUAAUCUUUACAGACGCCAGAAACCAUGCAGAAUACGCAUUUGUUUCGAAACUUAACCUUUUGAUCGCCAGAAGACAAAGUAAUGCUCAGUAUAUAUGCCCUACCUACCCUCUGGACUCCAGUCGAUCGCUAGUAGGUAUUUAAGGAAAAUUAAAUUUCACGAAGGCUCGCGUAAGUCCCUAUAUAGGUCUGUUACAUUGUCGAAACUGACGGCUGCAAAACUUUCCGAUGACGGAAAAUCUGUGGCGGUCAAAAGGUUAAAAUUUUACUAAAGAUUGAACGAAAGACAACCAACGAAAACGUAUGUAGGAAAUAGAUACAAAUCUCUAAUGUUGUAUUAUUGAUGAGACGAGUCCCUACAUUUGAAUUUUUAAAUAAUUCGAUUCCAAUUUUAAACGGGACGAAUCUUGUAAAGUCUGCUGGUCAGACACUUUAUCGCAAAAGCGAUAUUUGUUUUGUAAAAUCAAAACUUCCAAUAAUGUUUUCCCGGCCAAUUUGUGGCCUUUUUAAUGCAUCGUAGAAAAGCACAAGAAAGCCCCAAGUGCUAAGUAUUAUACACGUAUGUUUAAGAUAGAUUAAACUUUUGUAUCUGACCAAAUUAACAUUUUUGAAUAUACCUGUAACUGCCGCCGAUGUAUUUGUACAACUUAUGCAAAAUAAUAAUUCGCUGUGGUGGAUUAGGUAAAGUCUUGAUAGCUCAGAUGGAAGUGCACUGGGCUAGUGAUCGAUUUGUCGGGGGUUCAAGUCCCACCCAAACCGGUUUCUUUUUCAGUUUUAUUUUAUAUCUAAUCUUUUUAGCAUCGUCUGCAGAAGUGCAGACGUUUUUGCGUGAUACAACAUUAAUUUAGUCUUGUUCAAAUAUAUUGGUGGAUAGUUUAUUAGGUACACGUAUAAUAUGUAGCGGACAAGUAAUGUAGCAAUUUUCUAAUUAAAAUAUAUGCAUAAAUUACUGACAAUAAGGGAUCAACCCUUCAUGUAACAACAAUUUAUUUGUAUCAAGUAAUACGUAUUAAAAAGUGACCCAUUUUGUUUAAUUUUCUUUUAUGAAAAUAACAGAACAAAGAAAAUUACCUUUUAACCGCUGGGUAUUUUUCUUAGUAGACCGUGUUCUUGUCGCCGCUACGAAGUUUUUUAUUAUUCACCACAAACUAAAGCGAAAUCAACUGAAUAUUGUAAGUCUUACAUACCAUAUGGUUAAAAGGUUAACGGAAAUAUGGAUCACUUUUUAAAUUCCAUAAGUUAGGUACUUACUUACGAAAGAAAUAACACAUACAUUAUUUAAAGUACUUAUAUUUAUUUAUAAACAAAAAACACAAAUUAAAUUAAGAUGUAAAUGUGAUUAUAUGGGACUAUUUCGAUAGUUUAAAAUUGGCAAAAUAUUUUAAUUUAUGUUGUCAAAUGAAUGAUGAUUUAUGUUGUCUUUAUAUAUAGUUCUUCCAAGAAAAUGAUAAUUAUAUCUUCCAAUUGCGAAAGGAAAUCAGUAUUCAAUAACCAUUUGCUUAUUUACUAGCAAAUGAGUUUUAACUGUAAAAAUGCGUGAUUUGACAACCUGUUAUGAAAAAUUAAGAUGUUGAUUUACAAAAAUAUUCUAAGUUAAGUUUGAAUAUAAUUCUAUAAUUAUAGUCGCUUAUGUACAACGAGUAAUCAAUAAAAAUUUACUUUGAUCAGUUUGUUUAUCUAUGAACAUUUCAAUUUGGCGCCAAAUGUACCUAUUGUUUUAAAGCUAUUCGAGGCUUAAUUUUUACAUCCUUGACUUUGUCAAGCUAUUUAAGAAAUACUUAAAGACGCACAAUUUUAAAUAGGUACUAACUGGAACAGCCUGAUACAAAAGAAAAUGGGUGGUUUUCAAUGCCUGUACAAUAGUUGUCAGAUUUUUUUUUCUAUGUCAUGGAAACCCAGCAAAACAAAUUCUUGCG